AUGUCGACAACUUUUGACGUUGAUGCGAUGAUCGAAGAGCUCUGGAAGGCGAAAAACAAGCCUUCUGCAAAGAGAAUCCUCAGUAAAAACGAACUCUUAUACCUUUGUUCAGAGUCACUUAAAAUAUUUCAGAAACAGACCAUGCUUUUGGAAUUAAUUCCUCCUCUUACUGUCUGCGGUGAUAUCCACGGACAAUUUAAUGAUUUACUAAGGACAUUCGAAACAGGAGGUUCACCAGAAAUUACAAACUAUUUAUUCCUUGGAGACUACGUUGAUCGUGGAAGCCAAGGAGUCAACGUAAUUGCACUUCUUUUCUGCUACAAAAUUAAAUACCCGAAUAAUUUCUUUUUGCUUCGUGGAAACCACGAAUCUCCACUUGUCAACAAAGAAUACGGCUUCUACGAUGAAUGUAAAACACUCUACGAUGUCUCCGUUUGGAAGACAAUCAAUGAUGUCUUCGCAUGGCUUCCAGUUGCAGCUACAAUCGACAGUCGUAUUUUAUGCGUCCAUGCCGGCAUUUCUCCAGCUCUACAAUCUAUCCAGAAUAUCAAGGCCCUUAAGAGACCCCUUGAGAUCCCAGAUGAAGGUCUUUUAUGCGACUUGGUGUGGUCUGAUCCAGAUCCAAACGUUGAGACGUGGGGACCUAAUGAUAGAGGAACCAGCGUCACGUUCGGCCUUGCUCCUCUUAAGGCUUUGUUAAAGAAGAUGAAUCUCGAUUUGAUAGUACGUGCACAUCAAUCGGUUGAUACAGGUUACGCAUUGCCAUUUGCACCAGAUCGCUCAAUGGUUACAAUCUUUGGAGCACCUAAUUAUAUGGGAGAAUUCAGAAAUCGCGCAGCGCUUUUACAUAUAUCAGAUAAAAUGGUUUGCACGUUUUCAAUUCUCGAGCCGAUAAUUCAACCGGUGUCAAAAUCUCCAACUCGUCGUGCGGCAAAUGACGCAAAGUAUCGCAAUCCGAAAGUGUAA